GGAGUGAGAUGUGUGUAGGCUGUGCAGUCUGAGAGCUCUGGAGGGGUGAGAGGCUGCCUGUCUGAGCGGCUGCCCGCACCCACUGGAUGAGUGAGUGAGUGAGCGAGGCUGACUCCCCGCCCAUCGCUCUCCGAGCUUGGCACCACUGCUCUGCGUGCCUCUGUUUGAGUGACAGCUCCAUAGGCGGGGUAGCUGCUCAUGUCUUCACAUUUACAGAGGAGAAAGGGCUAGGAGACGAGAGAGGGAGAGAGAGACAGAGAGAGAAGGAACAAACAGCCAACGCACAAGCAAGGAAAGAAAAGCUAGCACACCAAGGUGUGGCUGCUCGUCCAGGGAGAGAGAGAGAGAGAACAGAACCCUGAACAUAACAGACCUGAAGCCUGAGCAAGUAGGCCUCUCGCGCUGGGACUGAUACCCGGUGAGCUACACUCGACCAACUUCCGGCCACCCCUGCCCCCCUCGAUUGGGACCAGCCGACGAGAUUGCAGCAGCCUGAGCUACCAUGGCAACCGAGCUCCAGGAGAUCCAGAUCACCGAAGCCAAGCCGCUCCUGCCCAGCCAGGACCAGGCAAAGGAAGCUACCAUUGCUGCCACCAUCCUUCUGGAUCAUGGUCAGGAGUACGAUGUGGAGACACCUUACGGGUCUCUUCAUGUGACCAUCCACGGGUCACCCAAGGGCGGCCGUCCAGCCAUUCUGACCUACCACGACAUCGGCCUCAACCAUAAGACCUGCUUCAACAGUCUCUUCAAAUUCGAGGACAUGCUGGAGGUCACCAAGAACUUUGUGGUGUGCCACAUCGACGCGCCCGGGCAGCAAGAGGGGGCAGCCUCUUUCCCCCCCGGGUACCAGUACCCAUCGAUGGAGCAGUUGUGGGAGAUGCUGCCCUGUGUGCUCCAGUAUUUCAAUUUUCGAAGUAUUAUUGGAGUGGGAGUUGGAGCAGGAGCCUAUAUCCUUGCCAAGUUUGCUCGCUACUCUCCUGACAUGGUCGAGGGUCUGGUCCUGCUCAACAUCGACCCCAACGCCAAAGGGUGGAUGGACUGGGCGGCAUCCAAGAUCACCGGUCUGACCAGCUCGCUCAGCGAUGUGAUCCUUGCUCACCUGUUCAGCCAGGAGGAACUCUCAAACAACUCGGAGCUGAUCGGCAUCUACAGGCAGCACAUGACAGAAGGCAACAUCCUGAGCAACAUCGAGCUGUACUGGAACAGCUACAACAGCCGACGGGACCUGGAGAUCGACCGAGCUGGGGCGGGAACUCUGAAGUGCCCAGUGAUGCUGGUGGUGGGUGAUCAAGCCCCUCAUGAGGACGCUGUGGUGGAAUGCAAUGCCAAGCUCGAUCCGACCCAGACCUCCUUUCUCAAGAUUCUCAUGCCUCCCUCCUCAUUCUCUCUCUCUCUCUCUCUCUCUCUCCCUCUCUCCCAACAGCCAGGGAAACUUACUGAAGCCUUCAAAUACUUUGUGCAAGGGAUGGGAUACAUGCCUUCAGCCGGGAUGACCAGGCUUUCACGCUCCCGCACCACCUCGCUCUCCGGUGCCUCGGUCGACGGGUCACGCUCCCGCUCCCGCACCCUGUCGCAGGGCAGCGACGCCGGGCAGCUGGCUUCCAGCCCCUCCCAGACCAUGGAGGUCUCCUGCUAAAAGACGAGGGGGAGGAGGAGGAGGAGGGGGAGGGGGAGGCAGACGAGGGCGCCCG